AUCCAAAAUUCGUGACCAGUUUUCAUUCAUUCAUUGAAUCCAUUAAUACACCACAGGUGUAUUCUUAGAUGAACAGGUUGUUAAUACCAUCAUCAGCUUCAAUGUGAGUGGCCAUUUUGAUGGAUAAAUUGUUUGACAGUAUGUUGUGAUACAAGAAAUUUUAUUCAUAAAACGAUGCCAAAUCAAAAAAUGCCCAUUAUCGGAAUCAUAAUCACAGUGAUAUUGGUUCCAGCUAUAAGUUUUGCUCAAUAUGGUUAUGAACGUUGUAUUGUUCCGACCACAUUACGUGGUGAAUGGUUUUCACGUGAAGAUGGCCAAAACGUGGUGACAAGAAUUUCCGAAAAUGAAUUCUCUGAUCGUGGCUUCUGUAUGGAAAUGGUUGCUCAUAGCUAUGAUAAUUUUACUUUUCUGCUCAAAAAAGCCGAUUGUCUUUCAUGUGUUCGAAUUCUGAUACGAACAUUGAAUGUUAUGGAAAAAAUUGAAACAAAUUGUUUGCAAAAUAAUCCAAACGUAAUGCCAAACUAUGAUUCAAUGUGCAAGAAUUCGUUGGAUAAUAAUCAAGAAAUGAUAACCAUGUUCUCAACAAAUCCUUCGGGAAAAAAUUGCCGUUCAAGUUUAGAAGGUGUAUGGAAUUUCGCCUAUCAGAAUCGAUUCAAAUUCACCGGUGAAUGUAUUCAUGAAGAGGCAAACAUUACUGCAUGCCAAAAACCGGGUACACAAUUUUUCAAUCUAAAUCAACAAUUUAUCAUGAAUUAUCGAAAAUGUGUAAACAUGCGAGAAACUGAAGAUGCUGAGGUUCAAUAUAAAUGUCUGGGUGAUUGGUAUGUGGGCAAAAAUCAUUUUUUUGCCGUUGUUAAUUCACGUGAAUCUCGAAUGGAAGAAAAAUAUCGAUGUUUCCUAUCUAAUCGAGAUGAUGAUCAAUUUCUAUCGGUAUCGAUUACAGCCGAAUGUAAUACGUUAAAAUCACCACAAGAAGGACCCGAACGUUUACGUUUAUUUCCUGUACGAGCGGAAUUAGUACAGGCUAAAUGUACAUUACCACAAAAUUUUAGCGGCAUUUGGGUUAAUACCGCCAAUUUUGAUGCCGAAGUUACCAUCAAUUCGACAACAAUGGUUGAAAAAUGGCGUCCAGAUACGGGCCGUAUUAAGCAGGAAAUAUUUAUUUGCCAAGAACAACGGGGUUCACGUUUUGUAAUGGCAAGAUUAGGCGUUAAUGGAUGUCAAAAAGAUUAUGUCUGUUUUGAGUUUCUUCCUCGUCACCACAAUGUAAUACGAUAUCGUAAAGGUCAGGCAAUGAUUAUGGAUCGAUUUUCAACCGUUUGUGCUUGGACAAUGUUCAAUUCAGAAGAACAAUGGAAAUAUGACAUAUUGAUUGCCAAGAAUCCUGUUUCAAUUGAAUGUCCUAUAGCGGGAAAAUUCCGCUUUAAACAAACGGGUGAUAUUCUUUUCGAAACUCGUAUUCGGGGUGGUGUCACUCAAUUUCCUCGGCCAAACGUUUACUGUAAAGCAAAUAUUUCGGAUUUUUCCGUUUGUGAUAGUGAUCAGAAGAUUCUCAAAAUAGAUGCCGAUUAUUGUUUAUCGGUAGAUCAAUUCGGAUUACCGGUCGACAUUUAUAGUCAACCAGAUUAUCAGAUGCAAUGUAUCGCUUAUUGGAAGGAGAAUCUUAAAUCCUAUCUGAUUACAUAUGAUAGUUUGGAUGCAUAUAGCCGUUAUCGUUGUUGGGUAUAUCAACGAGCCGAUUUAAAUGUCAUUCUGAUGUCAAUGUCUGUGGGCGCAUUCUGUCAUAUUCGCCAAGACGUACGAAGUGGACAUGCAGUGGAAGGUGCACAAGUUGCUUUGGAAAUGACUGAAUAUGAACGUGAACACGAUGAUUGUCCAUUGUAUUUCGAUGAUGGUUCGAAUCCAUAUAAAAGUGCACAAGAUCAUGUAACCAUUUUACGACCAAUGGCAACAAAUUCAAUUCGUUCAUUCCUUAAUCAUCAUCAUCAUCAUCAUAUUUGGUUGCAAACAUUUUUAUUUAUCUCAUCAUUUCUUAUAUAA